CAGGCGGGGGCAGAUGUGUAUAUAUUUGUCAGAGGUACCUACUUGCGAAUGAACCAGUCCUGCCCUCCUGGCUUCAGGACUCCAAGCCCCAAGGGACCAACCUGUGCUUGCUUUAGGGCAGGUGUUUCCAGGACCAGAGUAGCUGGUAAGAACGGAAAGGAUGGGGCGGCUGUUCUCUCUGACCUGGAUGCUGGUGGUAACGGUGGUGACCUCUUGGUUCAUAACAGCUGUAGCCAGCAAUUCCUCAGAAGCAAGAAGGUGUUCUGAAUGUCACAGCAACGCCACUUGCUUGGCGGAUGGGGCCGCCACGACAUGCUCCUGCCAGGAGGGCUUCACUGGCGACGGGCUUGUGUGUGAGGACCUGGAUGAAUGUGCCACUCCGGAGGCACACAACUGUUCGGCCAACAGCAGCUGCGUGAACACGCUGGGCUCCUAUGAUUGUGUCUGCCUGGAUGGCUUUCGUCUGACGCCUGGACUGGGUUGCACUGACGUGGAUGAGUGCUCGGAGCUGGAGCUCAGCAACUGCCAUGCCCUGGCCACCUGUGUCAACAGAGAGGGCAACUACUCGUGCGUGUGUCCCGAGGGCUAUGAAGGGGAUGGUUGGCACUGUGAGUGUUCCCCGGGCUCCUGUGGGCCGGGGCUGGACUGCCUGCCUCAUGGCCCGGGUGGAGCUCUGGUGUGUGAAGACCCCUGCAAGGCGCACAGGACCCUGGAGGAAUAUUGGCGAAGCUCAGAGUAUGGCGCCGGCUAUGCCUGUGACUCAGAUCUGUUUGGCUGGUACCGGUUUGUAGGCCAGGGUGGAGUGCGCAUGGCUGAGACGUGUGUGCCGGUCCUGCGCUGCAACACGGCUGCGCCAAUGUGGCUCAAUGGCACGCAUCCUUCUAGCAGCCAGGGCAUCGUGACCCGCACUGCCUGUGCUCAUUGGAGUGGCAACUGCUGCCUGUGGAACGCGCAGGUCCAGGUGAAGGCCUGCCCAAGUGGCUACUACGUGUACAACCUGACGGCUCCCCCCGAGUGCAAUCUGGCUUACUGCACAGAUCCCAGCUCCGUGGAGGGGACUUGUGCAGAGUGCAGGGAAGACGAGGAUUGCAUAUCGGAUAACGGCAGAUGGCGUUGCCAGUGCAGGCAGGACUUCAACAUCACUGAUGUCUCCCACCUGGAACGCAAACUGGACUGUGGGGCCAAUGACAUCAAGAUGUCCCUGAGCAAGUGCCAGCUGCAGAGCCUGGGUUUCACCAAGGUCCUCAUGUACCUCCAAGACAGCCACUGCUCAGGCUUCAGUGAGAGUGGUGAACGAGACUGGAUGUCUGUGGUGACCCCUGCCCGAGAUGGUCCCUGUGGGACAGUGCUGACCAGCAAUGAAACUCAUGCCACAUACAGCAAUACCCUUUACCUGGCAAAUGAGAUCAUCAUCCGUGAUGUCAAUAUCAGAAUCAACUUUGCGUGCUCCUAUCCACUGGACAUGAAACUCAGCUUGAAGACCUCCCUGCAACCCAUGGUCAGUUCCCUGAACAUCAGCGUGGGUGGGACAGGCAUGUUCACUGUGAGGAUGGCACUUUUCCAGAGCCCCGCCUACACGCAGCCUUACCAAGGCCCCUCAGUGAUGCUGUCCACUGAGGCCUUUCUCUACGUGGGCACCAUGCUGGAUGGGGGUGAUCUGUCCCGGUUCGUGCUGCUAAUGACCAACUGCUAUGCCACACCCAGUAGCAACUCCACAGACCCCAUGAAAUACUUCAUCAUCGAGGACAGAUGUCCACACACAGAAGACCCAACCAUUCAGGUGGUGGAGAAUGGAGAGUCCCCGCAGGGCCGUUUCUCUGUCCAGAUGUUCCGGUUUGCGGGAAAUUAUGACCUGGUCUACCUGCACUGCGAGGUGCACCUGUGCGAUUCUAUGAACGAGAAGUGCAAGCCUACCUGUUCUGGGACCAGACUUCGAAGUGGAGGCUUCAUAAACCAGUCUCGUGUCCUGAAUUUGGGACCCAUCACUCGGCAAGGUAUCCAGGCCUCAGUGUCCAAGGCUGCUUCUGGUAGCUUGGGGUUCCUGAAGAUCUGGCUGUCUCUGUUUCUCUCAGCCACUUUGACCCUGACAUUUCAGUGAUGGACAGCAGGGCAAUCCUGCACUCUGCGGUUCUUAGCUCACUUCCUACCGGCCAGGAGGGGAAAUGCAGGCCUUUGCUCCGGCCACAGGAGAGAGAAUGUGUACCACCUUAGCUUUGUGCACUGCCUCAGCUUGCUCUAAUUCUCUGCCCUUUAAUCUUUACUGUCAAAACUAAAUCUGUCUCUUUCAAUGCUGCUUGCUCCCCGAAUGGGACUUGUGAUGUAUCUGUACAGGAGACCCCUGUCUCCUGGAAGAGUGUGGCAAAAUAAUAAUUCAAAACAUCAGUUUUUGAGCCACUCAUCCAUUCAGAUCUUUAUUGAACAUCUUGUAGCUGUGGACACUGUCUGUGGUUCUGAGGAUCAUAUGGUGGAAAUGAACAGACACUGUUCUGUCUACAUGGACUUCACAGCCUGCUCAGAGACACUGGCCUCAAUAAAGGUUCUGUUAUAUGACCUUAGAUAAGACAUAUAA